UUAAGCCAGUUCACGUGACGCUGGUUUACGCACGUGCGUUUCCACCGAUAAAUCCGGCCAGGAAGUGUUUUCGCAAAAAUGGUGUGCGCAACUUAAAAUCGAAACUAUUUAUUAAAGUUGCUUCGAUUUCAUUAUACGUGAUCGUGGUGCGUGCUCAUAUUUUUAUUGAAGUACUUUGAGUGCUGGAUUCUUUUUAAGUGCAGUGUGGACAGUUCAAGUGCCAUGGAUAAGUUUAAGGUUGCAACCUUGCUCUGCAUUUUAUUAGUCGGCCACCAAGUUCACGCAGUCGUGAAUAAAGCCAAUUCGCAAUCUUCGUCGGUAAUCGAAGAGGAGAAAACAGAGGUCGAGGCCGAGGACAGAAUAAGCAAUUCUUAUGGACCACCUCCAGGAUCUGGAUUUAAUGGACCCACACCUGUAUAUGGCCCUCCGGAAUUAACAGGGGACCAUAGACCACCACAAAGUUUUGCACCACCACCUCCUGAAAGACUACCUCCUGUUUAUGGACCACCUAGGCAAAGUUACGGUUCACCAUCAGGAUUACCAAAACCACAAUAUGGUCCACCAAAACCACAAUACGGACCACCUAAACCACAAUACGGACCACCACUAUCCCCACAAAAACUGAAUUACGGACCACCGAAGCCACAGUAUGGACCACCCAAGCAGAGUUAUGGACCACCGCCUUCUCAGUUUAGACCACCAAAGCCUCAAUACGGCCCACCUCCGAAAUUUAAUGGACCACUUUUCGGAUCUUCAAAGCCAAGCCACGGACUACCCAUUCCAAUUUCCUUAGAAGCUUAUGGACCACCGACUAGAAAACCAGCAAUUUCGUUUGGAUCAGGUCCACACAAUAAUUAUGGACCACCUUCUCUUCCACAAUCACAAUAUAGUGCACCAUUUAAUAACGAUCUUUACGGACCUCCUCCACCACCUCCGCCAGGAGUUCCAGCUCCACCAACCCCUCCUGAUAUCAAAUACGAUGGUUGGCAACCAAUCGCCGGAUUAGUUAGCACCCCAAAUCAAGGACAUCAAAAUCAAGGACAUCAAAAUCAAGGACAUCAAAAUCAAGAACAUCAAAAUCAAGCACCUCAAGAGAACUAUGAACCACCUUCCGGUAGUGGAAGUUUGACGUUGAAUCUUCAGAAUCUUCAAAACCUCGAUUCUGGAAAAUCAAACAUUCCGAGUGACUCUUAUGGAGUUCCCCUAAACAAUCCAGAAGAUCACAAUCUGAAAUCAUCUGUUCAUCAAUCUUCUGCUUCUUCCGAAAGUGAUGGGCUACCACCACCAGCCCUUCCCGAAUUCGAACCCCUGCAUGCGGGCCAUGGUCCAGGAAACUCUGUAAACAGAUACAAUUCUAAUUCUCUUAAUCAAUUUGGCAAUGUAGAAACACCUAGUAAUCAGUAUGGAGCACCAAACGGUGGUAAUGGCAUCAAGGGACCUGGGUUUGAAUUACUGCCGAGUCCUGGAGCACUUUCUGAUUCACAAGGCUUGUCUUUCUCCAGUGGAAGUUCUUCUAAUGUAGACGCUGGUAUCUCACAUUCUUCUAAACCAUCCGACUUUUACGGACCCCCAUCUGCAGGUUCGCAUAGCUCCCUAUCAUCAGGAGAUAACUUAUUGGUUCAACAAUUGCCAGUGGCGCCAUCGGGAAAUUAUGGCCCGCCUGUUUCUAGUAUCCCAUUACCUCCACCACCCCCGGUUGAUUCAUACGGUGCUCCACCAGCUUCAUCAUUCUCGGCAAAUGGACCAUAUCCACCAUCAAAAGGCUUCCGAGGAGGUGGACUCUCAUCAGGAUUUUUGUCAUCUCAAUCGUUCGGUUCAUUUGGAGGAUUCAAUAGACAUGGAGGUCAACACAUUUCGAGAAAUCGAGGACCACCAAGGGCACCUCAGCUACCAGGAUCUUUGAUCCCCCCGCGUAAUAGACAGCCGUUAAAGUUCAGAGAACCUGUUCCAGUUGGAAUGCUUUCUAAUCUGAAUAAGUAUCUUCCGCCUUUCCCAUCCAAUGACUUUAACAAGCCCUCGAAAAAUUAUGGUCCACCGUCAGUAGUUGACCAACAGCUCCCACGCUUGAACGGACCUGUUUCCUUCCAUCAAUCUGGCGGUUCCCAAUUUUCGGGAUCUUUAUCUUCCAGCAAUAGCUUUGGAAAGGACAACUCAUUCCGAUUGAAUGCUGCAGUAGCUGCACCCAAUGUUAACUAUGGCACACCAUUGUCUUUUAAUGACUUCAAUACUCCAGCUCCAGUGCCGACUUAUGGGGCGCCGAACUUUGGUCCUCCUUCAACGUUCACCUCGACUUCAAAUGGAUUUGGUGGAAAUCUUUACAGUAGUGUGGAAAAUUCACUCUCCAAUACCUACGGUACACCUGUUAUAAAUUCCCCCCUCAUCGGAGGAAAAGGUGACUGUUUCCAAAAAGCUAAUGGAGCUAUAGGAUACAGCCAUGCUGAUCUUGGAAAUUCCAAUUUACAAAACAUCCAAAACCAUCAUAGCUUUUCAAAUGCACCAUCGUCUAGUUUCUCAACUGCUGGGGGGAGCCAGAGCAGUCUAUUCAAUGCACCCUUGAACGCCAUACCUUUGAAUUCCUUACAGACGCCACCAAUCAGUCAACUUGAUCUCGAACAUAAUCAACAGCCAAAAGGAAAUUUGAAAGACAGUUAUGGAAAUCCUAUUGGGGUAUCAUUCGAAGGAUCCGACCAAACUGUUGCUGCUCUUAACACUAACCAAAUUCAUGAUUUGUCCCAAGUGCCAUCUGCUCCGGAACAAAAUUCCUUCAUUACAGGACCUGGAUACUUCAACGAUAAUGGAAUAUCGGCUGAAGCACUUACAGCAGCUCUAACUGCUCAGGGAUACGGUGAAGCUAAGAGUUUUGCUUCUAACGAAGUAGAUGCGAGUCAAUUUUUGAGAACACAAGAAGGUAGCCAUGCGCUUGCUUUGGCUCAACAAGGACUAACUGGAGAAGGUGGUGAUGGCUUCCAGAUUCAAGGAUCCAAGGGAACAUACACUCUUCAGAUUCAAGCUGCAGAUGGUGGUUUGGGAACCGAAAACUCUGAUGGUAGCAUUAGGCAUGAUCAAGUUCUAUCCAAUGGCCUUCUUCAGGAUAUCCUUGCAGCAAUUGAACAACCACAAAAUGGUGGUCAAAUUGAACUCCAAGGACCACCUCGAGUUCAGCCCCUGGAAAAAGUCUACGACGAUUUGUCUCAUGCUGCAUCUAACAAUAUUAAUGAUAAUGUUGUAAACGAUCAACACGUCUCCAGUUCUCAGAAGGAGGAAGAAAACAGAGAUUUGGAGGAACUAGUAGCCCAAGCUUCAUCUAGAAACGAGGAAAGAUCUUCAAAUAAAGAUUCUGAGUCCUCAGCAGAAGAUACAAUGGCUAUUUUCUUUAACGAUGCUUACAAGGAAUCCAAAAAGGAAAUGAGGUCCACAUCACAGGACGAAAAACAACUUAUAGAGAAAACUGAGAUGGAGAAAUCUAGUUGAAUCAAGUUUACUUAAUGAAAUCCCGGACCGAUGUCACCAAUUUUUUCUAAUGCUAAUCACAACUCUGCGAAGUUCAAAUACCUCCAGGUAGAAUUCCGCAUCAUGGAAUCUUCUUUCUCGAAUUAAAAUACAGAACUCCUGUUUUUCACGGAAGUUUUCUCUGGCGGAAUCAGUGCCAUUUUGCCUAACUAGACCUCUAUCGGAUAUAAAUUUUACAUAGAAGACAGUUUCAUAGUGUGAUGCGAAAUAGAAGACUAUGAUCAGGCUAAAUUCGAAAACGAGCACUCUAAGCAGACAUCCUCCGACGCAGAUAGCCAGAGAAAGUAACAGGGAUCUUCAUGAGGAAUUGUUUCACUCUCACGACGAUCUUGUAAAUAUUCCGAAACCACACAAUUCUCCUAAGACUCUCGAUUAAAGAGACUCAGACUCGAUGAAAGUGGAUGCUAUCGCCAGAGGCCUGGGGUCACUGGCAAACGGUGCCGUGAUCUUGACACGAAUGCCUGAGAGGUAGAAGGCACAUCCGAAUAAAUUAUUGUAAAGAAAUUUUGGUGCAUCCAAGUUGCAUCAAGGUCGUGCUCAAAUGACUUACGCACUUUAUGACAGAGUGUGGGUGCAUUUUUAAGUAUGAAAGUAUAUAUUUUUAUGACUGUGUAUGAAUGUCUGCGGAUCGAAACGAAGCAAAGGAUUUUCAAUACUCAUUUAGGUCAAUAGGUUACGAUGUUUCUCGCGGAUCAAGAGUGUAAAUGUGUUCUGGGAAUGCACGUGCAGUGCUCGUUUGACGAACACUGCUCACUACUUGUACUUGAGAAAAGAUCAGCGUCCUCGAACACAGUCGGUGAAAGUUCAAACGUCAUUUUGCGGUCACUUGAAACGGCACGAAAAUAGAUUGUCGCGAGAUUCAAAGUGUAUGUAUGAAAAACAAAAAUGGGAGUUUGAAUGCAUUAUACAAAUUGUGCAGAAGUGAACUGCAUUUCAGGUAAUUAAAUGUAAGUAGGAUAGAAGCUCUUGCGAGGACAGUCGACAUUACGGAGUAUGCAGUAGUCACACUGCGAAGCCAUAAGAAAAAAACUCGUUUCGUUCCCUUACUCUAUUUUUUAUGGAUUAAUUUAUUAUUUUAUACAUAAAGUCGCGAGAUGAAGGUAGGCUAUUUAUAUUCGCCGAGUGAUCGUCUGUGUCUCUCCUCGAAUAUGAAGUACUACGCGUAUGCGUUCGUGCUUUUAUUAUGUACUCUGCGUAUAGCGCGUGUAAAUAUA